AUGGAUUUCCUCUCCGAUCAACUAAAAAAGAAGUUCUCCGACAAGAAACCGGAAAGUUCAAAACCGGAAAGUUCAAAACCGGAGACGAACCACAACAAAAACAAACCCGGUCAUGCCGGUCCAACAACUCAUAGCGGACAUAGGCCAGCUACCAACGCUGAGCUCAUGGCUAGUGCUAAGAUUGUAGCCGAAGCUGCUCAAGCCGCUGCUCGCAAUGAGACUGCCAAGCUAGACAAAGCUAAAGUCGCCGGAGCCACCGCUGAUAUUCUCGACGCCGCCGGUAGGUACGGCAAGUUUGAUGAAAAAAGGGGUGUGGGUCAGUACCUCGAAAAGGCUGAAAAUUAUCUCCACAAGUAUGAAACUUCACACUCUCACUCCUCCAGUGGUGGCAGCCACGGCGGUGGUGGUCACGGUGGAGGUGCUGGAGAACCGGCGGGUAAGAAAGGGGAUGAGAAAUCGGGAAGUGGUAGCCAUGGGUUUGGAGACUAUGCUAAGAUGGCUCAAGGUUUCAUGAAGUGAUUAAUGUUUUAAUUAGUAGAUCAGUGUUUUUUUUUAUCAAUCCGUUGGAUCUGUGUAUGGUGUUGGAACUUGCUGAUGUAAAAUACUGUUUUAUUUCCCUUUUAUUUUCUAAAAAAUGUUGAUCAAUUCAUGUUCUUCUCUACACAUGAAGAAGUUACGUGCAAUGGACAUAAUUUUCAAAUAAAGCUCGAGUUAAUUGCA